GCCAAUCCACGCGAAGCUUCUUGCGUUCAUGAAAUGCAUAAAACGCGGCAGAAUUAGUCCUUUAUAUGUCACUACACACUGUAGCGUCCUGGGAAAAAGGUUCGGAUAAGCACGUGUUGUGUUGUGUGAUAAGUAUCCCUCUAGCAUGAAUGUAAAUUGUCACUGUUUAUUCACUAGAGCGUUAACAGUUCACACGACUGAAGCUUGUCAUACUGUUUUAAAAUCGUUCCCGGUUUGAAUAACCACAACAAAAGUGUCUCAACAGUGUUUCUUAUUUAGUGCGUUUAUACGCUUAUUUUUAAGCAUGCAUUUAUUAAACGUCUCUGCUAACACAUUUUAUUCAUCGCACCGUAAAGUCUCAUCGUGUGUGAUUGCAUUGUUUAUGUGUUGUCGAUAACACAUCGUCCCAGCACUGUGUCUUUAGCGAAAUUAGUGACAGUUUGUGCCUGAAAAGUAGCAUGUCACUAUGGUGCACUACACUAUAUUGCUUUCUGUGCGUGUGUGAAUGUUUUAUCACUCAUUGGAUUAGGCCACAAGAAGAGGCUGAAGACGUUGGUUCCUCUCCCGUCGGCUGCUACACAUCGUCAACAAACGUGUCUGCAAGCAUAUCCGACAGACGUCCACUCAACAGCUCGUCACCUCCCCUGGCGCCUUCCACCUCACCGUAGUCUGACUGCAGGCGUGACAGUGAAAUGGCUUCAGUGUCUGAGCACAGUGGACUGUGCCACGCGGGAGAAGGCGCUGCAGUGUGGCGUACGAGCAUUGACGACUUGCCUGAGGAGAUACUGAUAAAGAUCUUCUCUCACUUGUCUUUCACUGAGCUAGUGGACGUGGUACGGAAAGUGUGCCGUCGUUGGAGAAAGCUGUCGCGAGAUUUGAGGUUGUGGGCUGACAAGGAAUACCAUGUCGGGGUCUCGAGGCACUGCAACUCAGAGAACUGUAAGAGCGGCAGGACCGAGCGGGAGGCGAUGCUUAUCUUCCGCAGUGCCCGAAACCUGCGUAAAGUACACAAGUGGUGCGCCGUCAGCCCCCACGUCAUCGACGUGCUCUGCAACAAAUGCCAGAGACUCGCAGAUCUCCGCCUGCACGCCGCCCAGAAGCUCGGCUAUUCGACGGUGAAGAACUCGGUCGAGCAGUGCUCCGGGAUACACGUGCUGACGGCACCCGACGAGCUGCUGAAGACCGAGAAAUUUUCAGAGGCGGUGUCGCGUCUGCAGCACCUCCGUGUGCUGUGUCUGCAAGAGAGAUACGUGGGGACGACUUGCGUCCUGCGUCCUUAUGUGCUGAGACCUUUGGGUGACGGGUGCCCCCGACUGGUCGAGAUUGACUUCGGACGUAUGUCUGUCGGUACGGAUGAUCUGAAGUACUUUCUGAAUGCCAAGAACAACACCCUAAAGUGCUUACGAAUAAAGUGGUCGGUGGGUGGAACGAGGAAUGGAGGACUGCCACAACUGAAAGUGCUGGAUCUACCACACGGAUACGGUGUGGAAGAUAACACAGUAAUUGCCAUCAGCCACGGAUGUCCCGGUUUGCGGCAGCUCUCCGUCACUCACGCUACGAAGCUGUCGCCUGCUGCCUUCUCGGAGAUCGACUGUCUAGAACAUCUUGAAAUACUAGAUGUGACAGGUUGUAGCAGACUCGGCGGAGGCCUAUUCCCCUGCCUCGUUGGGCUACCACGACUUCACACGUUGCGAAUGGGUACCAUGUAUUUCGGUACCACGUAUUUUACAGAGUUGCAGCCAGGUGUGAGCAGCAUCCUCAAAUUGUCAGGAUUGCGAUGUCUGACAUUCGAUUAUUCGGAUGUUACUGGAGUGCCUUUUGAUAAGUUUCCGGAGAAUCUCAUCAGUCUCAGGGAGCUGAGUGUCGAAGGGUGCCAAGGUGACCCCAGAGCCACAGACGGGCUGACCGAGCAGAUGCCCAAUCUCGUAAUCCGCGGCACGAUCCACGCUGAGCUACAGCCUUUCUACUUCGAGGCACUCGAGGAUGUAGGGCCCGGCGAAGCAGACGAAGCGGUGGACGACCGUUCGGAGAGUGACGAAGACCGCGACAGUGAUAGUAGCGUCGGCGGCAGUGACAGUGAGAGAGGUUGAGAGCACUAUAUCUGUAUGUAUAAAAAUGAUGUGAAAUUUAUAGGAAAGUACAAUUCUCAGUACUUGUCAACAUAAGCGGAAACUGUUUUGAAGGAAUAUAACAAAUAAUUUUAGAAAUGUGUAGAAGAAACAGUAAUGUUGUUUGAAUACCUGCUGUAACAAUCUGCAAUAAUGUUUGAUUCUUGUUGUAACAACAAUGGAGUCACAAUGAAACAAAUUUUUUAAAUGAUAAAAUGGCUACACAGAUCAGGUAGCAAUUCAUAAAUAGCACUGACAAUGUUUUUUUGCAGUAAGUCGAAUUUAAAAACUUCUUUGUUUUUAUAAACCUGUGAAACAAUAAUAAAUGAGGACUGCUACCUUGUUAUUUUAAGUGUUAAUUAUAUUUAUCAGGAUACUGCUAGAUACCAUUUUUAAAUAUUAAAUUUCAUUUGGAGGAACCACUUUGUGAUUAAAAUACACGACAGACUCUUUUACGAAUGAACCACACAUCACUAGUGUAAUACUGUAUAGCAUUUAUUAUUUGUUACACAAACCAGUUUUUGGCUGAUAAGUCACUGUCGGGUAUGAAGAUAAGUAAGUGGUAAAGUGAAAUUGGUUGGAUCAAAGAUUUUAAAGUAGUGCAUCUAAAGAGUAUUUCUGUUUCCAGAGGUGAAAAAAAAUUAAUGUUACAAGAAGGAACAAAUAAAGGAUUAUUUCAGUGUAAA